AUGCUGUUACUAAUCAAUGUCAUUCUCACCUUCUGGAUUUCCUGUGCUCAGGGACAAGGACAGUGCUUUUUCCCUUGGGUUGAAAAUGGUCAUUCUGCAUCAUCAGGACAAACACACCGGGAAGGUGACAUUGUGCAAAUCGUCUGUGAUUCAGGCUACAGCCUUCCAAAUAAUCAGAGCAGCAUUACAUGUGCAGAAAGUGGCUGGUCCAGCCCUCCUAAAUGUAGUCAUAUCCACUCUAGAGGAAAAUGUGGGCGCCCUCCACCCAUUGACAAUGGAGACCUUACCUCAUUCCCGUUACCAACAUAUGCUCCAGGAUCCUCAGUUGAGUACCAAUGCCAGUCCUUGCAUGUGCUUCAGGGAAACAGGAAUAUAAUAUGUAGGAAUGGACAGUGGUCAGAACCACCAAGAUGCUUAGAUGCAUGUGUUAUAUCAGAAGAAAUGAUGGAAAAACAUAAGAUAGAACUGCGAUGGUCGUAUGACAAAAAAAUGUAUUCUGAAACAGGGGACACUGUUGAAUUUACAUGUAAACAUGGAUAUCGUAAAAAGACACCGCCUGAAACAUUUCGAACAACCUGUCGGGAAGGGAAAGUGGCGUAUCCCACCUGUGGAUAG